AUGGUCCGGUCUAUAAUCUGGCUCACCGUGUUUGGACAGGGCAGGAUCAGGCCCGGCCGCCGCUUCUGCAUCGAACCGUGCUACCUCCACGCCCCGGAAGCUACCGUCGACGCCUGGCUCCGGUCCGCCGCUCUGGACAAAUUGCAGGAGCUUGAGACCGGCUCUACUAUAUGCAUUGACCCGCCGCCAGCGUCCACAUUCCGCUUCUCGGCCACCCUCUGUGUUGCCACCUUGGGAAAAUGCAGCCUCCCUGACGACAUCGUCCAAGGGCUUCACUUUCCCCUCCUUAAGCAGCUCGGGCUCGAUAGUGUCCGCAUCACAGAGUUCUCGCUGGACAGCUUGAUUGCCGGAUGCACACCUGCUCUGGAGUGCUUGCUGAUCGACCGAUGCUCUGGCUUCCGUAGCGUCCGGAUCAACUCCCUUAGCCUUAUAAGCAUUGGUGUGCGUCCUGAAUGCUAUUGUGCCAUCCCAUUUCGGGAACUCAUCAUCGAGAAUACGCCUUCUCUUGAGAGGUUGCUCCAUCUUGAUUUUUCCAUUGGUAUCCAUGUAUCAAUAGUCUCCGCGCCGAAGUUGCAGACCCUAGGCUGCCUUUCUGAUGUCACCUUGCCUACAUUUGCGGAGAGCUUAAACGGCAUUUCUGGUGGGUUUCGUAACUCAGAUCAGGAUCGUCUUCCCAUGUUCGUGUUUGGCUCCACAGUUAUUAAGGGACCACGUGUUGAUAAGCUGACAACGGCAGUGCGGACAGUAAAGACUUUAGCUGUACAGAUGGGAACUCUUAGUCUGGAUACAGUUAUUGAGUUGAUGAGAUGCUUUCCAUCCUUGGAGAAGAUGUACAUUCAGCCACGUUCAGAAGGGGAAAACAAUGUGUGGCGUCGUAAGCACCGCAAUUUCAUCAGAAGUUCUGAUAUCCCUAUAAAGACAAUAGCAUUGGAAUGUUAUGAGGGCUCCAAGUCUGAAGUUGACUUUGUCACAUUCUUUGUACUGAACGCGAGACUGUUGGAGUUGAUGACAUUUCACAUUCAGUCCCAUGUUAACACGGAGGUGUUCUUUGCAGAGCAGCGCAGGGAGCUUCAGCUGGAGAAAAAGGCUUCCAAAGGUGCCCAGUUUCAUUUUACAGUCGGUAGAUGUGUCCGCAGUGUUUGGACUAUGCGUCAUGUACGUGAUUUGGGUUUAAUUGAUCCAUUCGCAUGUUGACACUGAAACCAGUUUUGGCCCAUUUUGGAGCUAUUCUUGCUUAUCAGCCUUUCUGAAAAAAAAUGAGAACGAAUCAAUAAUGGUUGCUGCAGCCAAAGAAGAAAACUUAUGUAGGUGCUCAUUUUGAUUCCAGUAGAACAUCACUAAGACUGACAGAUUGAUAAUAUGAUCUGUUGUAGUUUAUCAUGGUCAUUUUGGCUACUUUUGCUUCAAAAAAGUAGCAUUGGCUAGUUUUCUGAUGGAUAUUUGCAUGCAUGGAUGUGAAAUUUAGAACAUUGUAUGGCAGCAUAUAUGGAUGUCCUA